AUGAAGCGUCUGGCCACGCCGCCGAUCACUGCUUUCUUCCAGCGCAAACAGGUCCGACGUAUCAGUAUCGAGUCUAUUGACAGCAGCAAUGGCAGCUACAAUGAUGCUAUGAACAGCAGUAUCCAGGAAUGCAGUAAUGACGCAGUGGAAGCUGUUGAAGACGAAGAAGAGAUGCAAAAUCAAGUCAUUGUUAAGCGAAUUACAAGGGUGCAUCGUGAAGAUCUACUAGGAAUUCUACAGUAUCGAGAGUUUGUCGGAUGCGCUACGACGCGUCACUUAAGUGGUGGACUUCAGACCUUUCGACGUCGCAGGAAACAACAAUUGAUCCGCUGGACACUUACAAACUUUCAGAAGUUGCCAAUGGAGCUGCAGUUGGUUCCUCAUUGGUAUCGACAGGCAGGAGUGAUGUGCUCGGAACUCUUUUAUGCCAGUUGUAUGGCGUUUGAUGCUGGAGGAGUUUUGCUAGUUGCAGGAGCGUCCAACGGGAUCAUUGCUCUCUAUGACUUUGAUGAUGUUUUCCAUCGGAGUUUAAAUCUCGGACAACGGUUGCUGCAAAAUAGCGAAGCAAAAGAUGAUGAAGAGGGAGAUAAAGAGCAACAGGAACCGAAGAUGACAGAUGAGAUAUUGCAUCCGAUCCAUAUGAUCUUUACUUCGUAUGAAGUAAAGUGCAUUCGCUGGAAUCCUUUGGAUGAGGAUGAGAUCGCGUGCUCGUUUACGAAUCGCAACGAAAUUCAUAUCUACAACCUGGGCAAAUUUCCGAGCAAACCGCAUAAAGUUUUGAAGAGUUCCAAUCACCCGUCCAAAGGCUACAACGACUUAAUGGAGCUAUUCGUAUGUGGGAUCUUCGAUAUCCCUUUACAGCCUGUGUAUAGCUUUCUCACAGGAUCACUGAAAACGCCGAUAAACUCAUUGGUGCUGUCACCUAACAAGCAAUUCCUCAUCUGUGGCAAUGAAGCUGGAAUAGUCAUGACGUACGAUAUUCAGCACAAAAUUGUUCCUGCGUUUGGCUCAAAGCCUGUACCGCAGCAAAAAGCAGUGGUCAACAUAAUGGAAGCAAUCAAACCAUAUCUAUCGCCUGCUUUAAUCGAGACUGUACUUCUCACAAGUCGAUACAGAUCCUCUGGAAUCAUGUCACUGUGUCUUAUACCAGAGUCCGAAACACAAGUAUUGUGCCAGUUGCGCAAUGAUUGGGUAGUAGUCAUUGAUUAUCUUCGUGGCACGGUCAUGAAGCUGCACACGUUCGUUCGAGAAGUAUUGCCACGAGAUAAACUCAAGUCGGAUGCAUCUCCAUCGGUGUUGUCAAUGGGUUCAGAAAGUGAAUACCAGCGGGACUUUUUCCGUCGUAACUCGUGGCUAUCUUGUCAUCGUUGCACGGGUACCUUUUUGCUUGACAAGUCAAUCCUGUGCACUGGAAUCCAUGAUACCACAAGUUUGACAAUGAUUGAUCUCCAUCAACUGCAACAUAUCACGGCAUUUACUACCACCAUUGACGAAACGAGUGACGCAGAUAAAUUUCGAGUGGCACAUUCUGGAAUUUAUGGCAAAGUACCGACAGUUGAACGGCUCGAUCGAUUUCAAAUUCCCAUGAAUGAUAUCAUAACUACAGUGGCUGCUCAUCCGAAUCAGCAUUUGAUAAUAUGUGGAGGUCAAAGCAUGAAAUUCCAGAUUAUGGGCCUCAUGGGCAAACACGAGAGUACCAUAGCUAGAAAAGGCCAUUAA